AUGAAACUCUUCAACAUUGCCCUCCUCUUAGCCACACUCGCUUCCGUCAGAUCGAUAAACACACUCAAAUUCAUCCUGCUUCCCGGGGUCACGAUGACCGAUCCGACGGGUACCGCGACUGUUUUGGAGGGGCCGGCCAGCUUCGAGCUACCCAUCGGUGCCAUUUUCACUCCGUUUGACCGUAAGGUCAAAGCGAGCAGCAAGGAUGGCUACAAAGACUACUCGUGCAAAUACUCUCCGAAGACUGGCAACGCGCUGGCGGCAGGUCAGAGCGCGACGUUGGUCCAUCAAGUCCUGAAAGACUUGGUACUUGAUGUUGGAGGCGAUGGUCUGGUGACUAUCACGUGCACAUAG